AUGGACAGUCUAGUGGUGGUUGAGCGCCAACUUCGGCUGAAUUUGACUGAGAUCAGGGACGCUGACAAGGUCGCCUUCCUUGACUCUCCGGUCUCUCCCAAGGGACUGUUCGGCCCAGCCAUAGAUGGGUUUGCUGAGUGUUUCACAGUGGCACAGAAGACCUUGCAGUCGCUGCAACUCUUCUUGAUGAAGUGCUCUAAUUUAGUGGCUGGUUCAAGUCACCAGAAGUCCCCAGCCAGCCAGCAGCCUGCAAAAUCCCCACUGCCGCCUUGCUUCAGAGGUAAUAUUCACACUUCGGUACAGGACAACAAAGCUCGCGUUCUUCAGUCCAAAGUACAGACAUUGCUUGCAAAAGGAGCCAUAGAAGUGGCUCCUCUAGCGAACCGAGAUUUAGGCUUCUACAGCCACUACUUCCUCGUUCCCAAGAAAGAUGGCGGGCUCAGACCUAUUCUCGAUAUCAGACAUCUUAAUUGCUCGCUCAUGCAACGGCAGUUCAAGAUGUUAACUUUGAAACAGUUCCUCGUGCAAGCCAUGUUCUCCACCGACCUGAUGGAGUCUCGUCAGGAGCGGGUGGCCAUCAAUGGAGUGGAGCCCCAGAUGAUUGCCAUGCUGGUGAGCUACGCCUACACGGCGGAGGUGGUGAUCUCCAAGGCUAACGUACAGGCGCUCCUGGCGGCCGCCAACCUGCUGGACGUGAUGGCGGUGCGGGAGGCCUGCUGCAGGUUUAUGGAGCGCCAGAUGGACGAGAUGAACUGCGUGGGCAUUCACUGCUUCGCCGAAGCGCACUCGUGCCGAGAGCUGGAGCGACGCAGCAUGGAAUACAUCCAGCAGCACUUCAGCACCGUUUGCCAACAGGAGGAGUUUCUGUCUCUUUGUGCUGAUAAACUGACUGAGAUCAUUUCCAGUGACCAUCUGAACGUGCCAAAAGAGGAGACGGUGUUUGAGGCGGCCGUUGUGUGGCUGGAGAAGAACCCCUCACGCAGACAGAGCUUUGAGAAGGUUGUGGAGCACAUCAGGCUGCCCCUCAUCAGUCCGUACUACAUUCACGACGUCAUCGAGACUCUGGAUGUUGUGAAGGAAUCGCUCAAGUGCCAGAAGCUGAUCUCUGAAGCCAAGGACUAUUUACUGCUGCAGGACCGCAGAGGAGAGCUCUACAGCCCCCGAGCUCGACCUCGACGCGCAACAGGCACAGCUGAGGUGAUUGUGACCGUAGGAGGAGAGGAUGAUAAGGUUGUGCUGCGCAGCGUGGAGAGUUUCGAUCCCCUCACCAGCCAGUGGAAGAGUCUGGCCUGCCUGCCCUUCGCUGUCAGCAAACACGGCUUGGUCGUUUCUGGCUGCAUGCUGUAUUUGGCUGGUGGUGAGUUUCCAGACGGCUCGGCCAGUAGAGAGAUGUGGCGCUACGACCCGUGUUUUGACUCCUGGUCAGAGAUGGCACCCAUGAACGUGGCACGAUCAGAAUUAGGGUUGGUGAUGCUGGAUGGAUAUGUGUUCGCUGUGGGCGGCUGGGAAGGCCGUUCUCGCCUGGACUCUGUUGAGUGUUAUAAUCCACAGACAAACACCUGGCAGUUUAUGGAAUCGGUCAAGAUGGCGGUCACCAGUCCAGCUGUGGUGGCACUGGAUGGAUUACUCUAUGUGACAGGAGGCGCUGUUUUAGAAGAUGGUGACGGCACAAACUUGGCGCAAGCUUACAACCCUAAAACAUGCGUGUGGACCGAGGUGGCGCCCAUGCAGAUCGCCCGCUCUGGAUCUGCUGCCUGCAUCCUGAAGGGCAAGAUCUACGUCAUAGGCGGCUGGCAUGCUUCCACCGAGAACACGGAUAAGGUGGAGAGCUACGACCCCAAGACCAACAAGUGGACCAUGUGUGCACCCAUGAAAGAGAGACGCUAUCGACCCGGCGUAGCGGUGGUGGAUGGAAAGAUUUACGUUUUAGGAGGAGAGGAGGGAUGGGACAGGUAUCAUGACACUAUCGAGCGGUACUGUGAGGAGUCGGACAGCUGGGAGAUCGUGGGAGAAAUGCCCACCAGCCGCAGCUGGCUGAGUUGCGUCUCGCUGCAGCUCCGGAAGGACUCUCACGCGGGCAGCCGUCCCGGCACUGCCUUGGAGACGGAGUUUCCUGUGGACUGAGAGCACCGGGGCUCCACCCGCAUCACUGCCGGCCCGGGACACAAGGCCAGGGGGCAGCUUUCAGAGCGCCCCGCCCCACGAGAGCUAUUUUAAGGAAGGGAAAAUGUCCGACCCAGACGCUGGAGGGUCUUCAGAAAAUAUUUGUGUCAUAAGCUAGUAUGCUUUCUCCAGUGCGACCCUCUGCCACGGUGUGAAGCUGGAUGGAUUGAUGAUAUCUGUGGUGAUUGUAAGUCUGUGUGUGUGUGUGUGUAUGUGUGUGUGUGAGCCGCCAUCCCAGAGUCUCCACAGUAUCAGUUCAAUGUGAUGUUCAAGUGACGUACAGGGUUGCUUCCAUGCGCUGACUUAUACAAGUACUUGUUUGUUUUCUAACAGUGUUGAAGUGAAAUGUUUUGUACUUUUUGUAUGGUGAUUUCUGUAUUUAUUAUAAGUUUUUUGUUGUAUUUAGAGAUUUAUGGCGUAACUAGCACAGAUACACUGAAACGUGUUUAAAAGGGAAAGUUCACCCAAAACUGAAAAUUCUGUCAUCAUUUACUUACCCUCAAGUAUUGUAUGAGUUUUUCUUUGGUUGAACACAAAAUGAUGGUAACCAGUUUGUGGUUUCCAUAGUAUGGAGAAAAAGACACAUAUUAUGGAAGUCAGUGGGGACCAGAAACU